AUGGUGGUGUUUGUCGACCUCGACCAAGAUGCCUUGGAGCAUCAUGGACCUACGGAGAAGCCAUUCCCGCUGAUACUGGCUCCCGUCCCCGCUGCGGACCCGCCCGAACUCUUGCCCUCGCCGACAUCGUCGGAGGACGAGGCGUGUGCCUCGCAUCCAGAGAUAUUCCCGGACGUGAACCCCAACCGGAACGCCUUCUCGGCGGCCUUGAGUUGCUAUCCAAUCGUGAAGGAAAUCGCCCGCGCUGUCGAUCUUAAUACUCUCCACGCUCUGUCGCGGACCUGCCGCCAGUUCCAUGUAAAUCUCGCGCCGUUCCGCCAGCAGCUCGUGCGAGAGACCCUCCGUUGCGAGAAUGAAUACGUGGAAACGCUGGCUGAGAUGCUGGACGGCGACGCUGUACUCCCUAGCAGCGUGAAGUCGGUCUUACAGCUGCUCAGCCGGGGCAGUGCAGACACUGGGCGCAUGACGCGGGGGAAAGUGGGCAAAUGCGCACGCGAUAUGGUGGGCGAGUGUCGGCGUUGCGCCCGGCCUCCGAGGCUAACCGCCACCAUUUCACAGAACUGCACCGUCAAACCCCCCUCUGCAGCGACUCUCAAGAACCGAAUUCGCCGGCUCUGCCGCACCUGCGGCACCUCGCCCCUCGCCUGCCAUCUUAGUUAUCGCGCCAUCGACCCGACCGACCCUCUAGAAGACCGCUGGCACGCGGAUACUGCGGCCGCGUUCGCCCGCAGUGCCUGCACCUGCGAAGAUACCGUCUGGCUGUGCACCCCAUGCGGCCAGACCCUGCGCAGCAGCGACACCACCUACCGACGCGUCUGGGCGUGGCGGACCCGCUACAGCACCUAUCUUGGCGGCGGUCUCGGCACGGGUAUCGGCGAGGGCUGCCAGGGCGUCAAAUGCGGCCGCGGCGAAGCGUGUCUAGCCGCACAGGAGAUCGAGCUCGAAGUUGACUGCGAGGCCGACGAAGGGCCCAGUGAGACCAGUAGCCCGGCCCAUAGCCCUCCCGGCCAUCCGUCGCAUCUCCACCAACAUCACCAUCAUCAUAACUCCCAUCAUCCGGACUUCUUAUCAACUGACAGCCAUGAUGACGAGGAACCGGGCUAUUUCCGGCAGGAAGUCAUCGGGCUCGGGGGCGUAGUCAAACACAAGGCGAAAAAGCGUGUCACCGUUGGCGCUUGUGUGGUUGAGUAUGAGGACGAGCGUGAGACGGGCCGCUAUUUGGUCCGCGAAGAAGGCGGACUUCAUCGGGCCUGGUGUGGCUGGUGCUCGAGAGUCAUUCCUGCGAAGGCUGAGGCUUGA